AUGAAUUUGAAUUUAUUGGUCGUUGCUAUAUUUUGCUCUCUCAUAUAUUCUUGUAUUGCAGUUAUCAAUUUUGUUGAUUCGCAACAUAAUGUGAUCCUAAUUCUGACCGAUGAUCAAGAUAUUGAGCUUGGUUCUAUGAACUUUAUGCCAAAAACUACUCAGAUUAUGAAAGAAAGAGGGACAGAAUUUACGUCAGGAUAUGUAACAACUCCAAUUUGCUGUCCCAGUCGGUCAACUAUUCUUACCGGAUUAUACGUGCAUAAUCAUCAUGUGCACACUAAUAAUCAAAACUGCACUGGAAUCGAAUGGAGAAAAGUUCAUGAGAAAAAAUCGAUUGGAGUCUAUAUGCAAGAAGCCGGUUACAGAACUGCAUAUCUUGGGAAAUAUUUGAACGAAUAUGACGGAUCGUAUAUACCACCUGGAUGGGAUGAGUGGCAUGCAAUUGUGAAAAACAGCAAGUUUUACAACUACACAAUGAACUCAAAUGGUGAAAGAGAAAAGUUUGGGUCAGAUUAUGAAAAAGACUAUUUCACAGAUUUAGUGACAAACAGAUCCCUCAAAUUCAUUGAAAAACACAUCAAAACUAGAGCAUGGCAACCUUUUGCACUAAUAAUUUCGUAUCCGGCCCCUCAUGGUCCAGAAGACCCUGCUCCGCAGUUUGCACACAUGUUUGAAAAUGAACUCAGUCACAGAACUGGAAGUUGGAAUUUCGCACCCAAUCCUGACAAACAGUGGUUACUUCAACGAACUGGGAAAAUGAAUGACGUGCAUAUCACUUUCACGGAUUUACUCCACAGAAGACGACUCCAAACCUUGCAGAGUGUUGACGACGGAAUAGCUAGGUUAUUCAAUCUAUUGCGAGAGUUGAAUCAAUUAUGGAACACAUUUGCAAUUUACACAUCUGACCAUGGGUAUCAUUUAGGCCAAUUCGGGUUAUUGAAAGGAAAAAACAUGCCUUAUGAAUUCGAUAUAAGAGUUCCGUUCUUUAUGAGAGGUCCAGGAAUACCUAGAAAUGUUUCAUUCAAAGAGAUGGUGACGAACGUUGAUAUUGCUCCAACAAUGUUGAACAUAGCUGGAGUAGCAAAACCGGCCCGAAUGAAUGGAAGAAGCCUAUUAGAGUUGGUGUCGUUGAAGAAAAGAAAAAAGAAGCAUGCAUUACAACUGAAGCCUUGGCGAGACACUAUUUUAAUCGAAAGAGGAAAAAUGCCGAAGCUGAAGAAAAUUCGGGAUCGUUACAUGAAACAAAAAAAGAAAUUCAACAAAGAAAAUCGGCUUUCCAAAGAGUGCCGAAGAAGAAAAUGGCAACGAGAUUGUGUGGAAGGACAACUUUGGAAGUGCUACUACACAGUUGAAGACCGCUGGCGGAUAUACAAAUGUCGGGACAAUUGGAUUGAUCAGUGUCCGUGUAGAAAGAAACGAGAUCAAUCCGAAAUUUUGAAUAGCGAAAACGAAGAAGAUGAAUUCCUGGCGUAUGUUGACGAAGAACACUUUGCAGAGGAGAAUCAAUGGUAUCAAGGAGAUCUUUUCAAUUUGGAUGAAGAUGUUGAAAGUGAUUUUGAGCCAGUAGAAGAGCAUCAUCGGCAGAAAAGAGGAAUUCUGAGCAAGUGCAGUUGUUCCAAAAAUGUUUCUCAUCCGAUAAAACUCCUGGAACGAAAAAUGUCAAAAAAGCAUUAUUUGAAGUACAAAAAGAAGCUACCAAAUGGUUCCUUGAAACCUAAAGAUUGUUCACUCCCUCAAAUGAACUGCUUCACCCACACCGCAUCCCACUGGAAAACGCCCCCUCUUUGGCCUGACGAACUUGGAGAAUUCUGUUUCUGCCAAAACUGCAACAACAACACAUACUGGUGCUUAAGGACUAAAAACGAAACACACAACUUCUUAUACUGCGAAUUCGUGACGGAAUUCAUCAGUUUCUAUGACUUCAACACAGAUCCAGACCAGUUGAUAAAUGCUGUAUACUCACUGGAUAUUGGAGUGCUCGAGCAGCUCAGUGAGCAGCUACGAAAUCUCAGGAAAUGCAAGAAUCGACAAUGUGAAAUAUGGAGUGCGUCACAGAAAUUGAGGUCUCCAACUCUCGUUGAUUUGAGGAUUAAUGACAAGUCUUUUUUGGAUUAUAAAAUAGACAAAACAUAG